CCUAUUUGCCAUUCAUAGUCCUCUGCACUGUCCACGUCAGUUACAUGUGGCCAUUUAAAUCUUACUUUUAGUUCAUUAAAAUAAAAUAAAACAUUAAUUCCUUAGUUGCUGUAGCUGUAUUUCAAGUGCUAGAUGGCUACUGAACAUUUCCAUCACCACAGAAGGUUUUAUUGGACAGAGCUGGUCUAGGUAUGUAAAUGUUUAAAUUCUGCAUCCUACCCUCCUCCAAAAAGUGUAAAUUUUCUCUGUGGAAGGCCUGUCCAAGUUCUGGGGCAGAGGAGAGGCUUAGUUUCACUUUGGUCACUCUCCUAAAGGAGAAUGGCUGAGGGUGCUGUGUUCUUUCUCAACCAAGUUCAGCAGGUCCUCAAAAGAGAGACCCAUUGAUGUUUCAGGGAAUGGCAAGAGAGAUAGUCACGGAAGAGUAAAUCCAAGAAGACUUUCUGGAGGAAGUGACUCAAGCUGCAAGUAAAGGGGGCUUAUUUUAAAAUAUGUGCUAGGCCCAGGUAGAGAUGAGACUUUCCCAUAUAAUUCUCAAACAAUGCUACGAAGGAGGUGGAAUACUCCCCAUUUUACAAACUCAGGUUCCAGGGGUCAAAUUCUCUGGGCUUGUAAAGUCCGGAAGCCAGGAUUUGUACUUAGCCCUCGUGGAGAUUCUGAAGGGAACAGAGGGUGGUGAGAAGCAGAGCAGGAAGUCAGAGACAGAAGAGAGUGGGAGGGGUGGAAGGGAUAUCAACAGGGGGCCUAAUGUGUGUGGGGCCCAUGACUCAUCCUCUAUCCCCUUGGGAUUUGACCCAGGUCCAGCUGACACCCAGCUCUGGGCUCUUUCCCAGGGGAAAUGCUGCCCACUUGGGGAGAGGGUGUGUUUGGGUGGGGAGGGGGCAACAAGGAACUAUACCUGGGGUGGGGAAACGCUAGAAGCACAAGGGUCCAGAUCCUGAGCCAGGAUUCCCAGUUCCUCUGCCUGAAAGGGUGGGAGCCAGUUUCCUAGGGCGUUCCCGGCCUUGGGCCUUGGGAGAGUGGAUUUGGGGCUGGAGAGCAGUAGGGAAAUAGAGGAGGUGUCUGGGCUCGUGGUCCCGCUUGUCCAUGCUGGGCCCAGCGACCUCCCUAGGGCCCCAGCUCUCCCAAUUUAUACACUAUCCGCCCUCCAUACUCUCAGGCAAGGGGUCACCUUGGAGGGCAAACGCUACGCGGGAGGGGCCUCCCGGAGCUGGAGCUGGAGCACGUCGUGAAGGCCAGGAGCCUUUUCCAGGGCGGCGCGGGCUCACUCCCGGAGGUCCCGUCCCGCCUCGAUGGAGUCUCGGUGGAGGCACCGCCUUGAGCCAAGCCCAGCCAGGUGCCCGAGGGACCUCCAGCGCCCUGGUACCCCUCAGUUGCUCUCGCGGCAAUUGGGAGCUGAUGUCACCAGCGCCCUGAGCGCUGCAGCUGGAGGCGGUGCAGCUACACUGGCGCCCUGGCUCCUCCGAUUUCCCGCGGCCCUCGGGCCCCGCCGGCUCCCCAGGCCAGUGCAGCUCUCUGGACCGCGCGCGCCUCUGCGUGCCUCUCGCAAUGGACCGGGCUGGGGAAGGAUCCGACACAGAGUUGCAGAGGAAGCUAGACCAUGAGAUCCGGAUGAGGGAAGGGGCCUGUAAGCUGCUGGCAGCCUGCUCCCAGCGAGAGCAGGCUCUGGAGGCCACCAAGAGCCUGCUAGUGUGCAACAGCCGCAUCCUCAGCUACAUGGGCGAGCUGCAGCGGCGCAAGGAGGCGCAGGUGCUGGGGAAGACAAGCCGGCGGCCUUCUGACAGUGGCCCACCCACUGAGCGCUCCCCCUGCCGCGGCCGGGUCUGCAUCUCUGACCUCCGGAUUCCACUCAUGUGGAAGGACACAGAAUAUUUCAAGAACAAAGGUGACUUGCACCGCUGGGCCGUGUUCCUGCUGCUGCAGCUGGGGGAACACAUCCAGGACACAGAGAUGAUCCUGGUGGACAGGACCCUCACAGACAUCUCCUUUCAGAGCAAUGUGCUCUUCGCUGAGGCGGGGCCAGACUUUGAACUGCGGUUAGAGCUGUAUGGAGCCUGUGUGGAAGAAGAGGGGGCCCUGACUGGCGGCCCCAAGAGGCUUGCCACCAAACUCAGCAGCUCCCUGGGCCGCUCCUCGGGCAGGCGUGUCCGGGCAUCACUGGACAGUGCUGGGGGUUCAGGGAGCAGUCCCAUCUUGCUCCCCACCCCAGCUGUUGGUGGUCCUCGUUACCACCUCUUGGCUCACACCACACUCACCCUGGCAGCAGUGCAGGAUGGAUUCCGCACACAUGACCUCACCCUUGCCAGUCAUGAGGAGAACCCUGCCUGGCUGCCCCUUUAUGGUAGCGUGUGUUGCCGUCUGGCAGCUCAGCCUCUCUGCAUGACUCAGCCUACUGCAAGUGGUACCCUCAGGGUGCAGCAAGCUGGGGAGAUGCAGAACUGGGCAAAAGUGCAUGGAGUUCUGAAAGGCACAAACCUCUUCUGUUACCGGCGACCUGAGGAUGCAGACACGGGGGAAGAGCCGCUGCUUACUAUUGCCGUCAACAAGGAGACUCGAGUCCGGGCAGGGGAGCUGGACCAGGCUCUAGGACAGCCCUUCACCCUAAGCAUCAGUAACCAGUAUGGGGAUGAUGAGGUGACACACACCCUUCAGACAGAAAGUCGGGAAGCCCUGCAGAGCUGGAUGGAGGCUCUGUGGCAGCUUUUCUUUGACAUGAGCCAGUGGAAGCAGUGCUGUGAUGAAAUCAUGAAAAUUGAAACUCCUGCUCCCCGGAAACCACCCCAAGCACUGGCAAAGCAGGGGUCCUUGUACCAUGAGAUGGCUAUUGAGCCGCUGGAUGACAUCGCAGCGGUGACAGACAUCCUGACCCAGCGGGAGGGCGCAAGGCUGGAGACACCCCCACCCUGGCUGGCAAUGUUUACAGACCAGCCUGCCCUGCCUAACCCCUGCUCGCCUGCCUCAGUGGCCCCAGCCCCAGCCUGGACCCACCCCCUGCCCUGGGGGAGACCCCGAACCUUUUCCCUGGAUGCUGUCCCCCCAGACCACUCCCCUAGGGCUCGCUCGGUUGCCCCCCUCCCACCUCAGCGAUCCCCACGGACCAGAGGCCUCUGCAGCAAAGGCCAACCUCGCACUUGGCUCCAGUCACCAGUGUGAGAGAGAAAGGUGCUGGCAUAGGAUCUGCCCAGAAGAGAAAAUGACCCAUGUGCAGUUGGGUUCUGGAUACAGCACUGUCUAUAGCAAGUUGGCCAGUCUGGCCUCCUGUUCCUCUGCUGGACCUGGGGUCAGCUGCAGGGGUGGGCAGAAGCCCCUCUUAAAUUGUGGUUGCCAUGGUACCGAGGGACUCAUUCCUGGGGCUCGCUGGGACCUCCCUAAACCCUUCCUGGAAGAAAACUGGAACCAACUCUGCCCUACCUCCCUGCACUAACCAGCUUUGAGGAUGGCACUGAAAAACCCUUGGAGGAAACAUACCUCCCUUGUGACUCCCACAUCAACCAUUAAAGUUAUUUAACAGCA